AUGCGGCGCUACGGGCAGUCGCUGUACCAGCCGCGGAGCCCGGUGGCGCGGUGCGUCAACUUCCUCUGCGCGGUGCUGCUCACGCUGAUCCUCGUCGCCGGCGUCAUCCUCUUCGUGCUGUGGCUGAGCCUCCGUCCGCACCGCCCCAAGUUCUACCUCGCCGACUUCUCCAUCCCCAACGCCAACCGGCAGUCCGCCGGCCUGGCCAACCUGCCGAUGCACUUCACCGUCAACGAGCACAACCCCAACCAGAAGAUCGGCAUGUUCUACGACGAGAUCCUCGCGUCGGUGUUCUACGGCGACCAGCUCAUCGCCACGGGGCCCGUGAUGAACCCCUUCUACCAGCAGCCCAAGGGUGACACGCCCGUGCAGGGCACCCUCCUCGCUAGGGGCCCCGUCCCGACGGACCCGUCGUGGGGGCGCUUCGCCGGCGAGAUGUCGGCGGGUAGCGUCGAGAUGCGGCUGGUGCUCACCUCCAAGGUGCAGUUCCAGGUGAAGGUGUGGGACACCAAGCAUCACCACAUGAAGGUGGAGUGCGACUUCACGAUGCAAGGGGACGGCACGCUCCGUCCGCAGGACAAGAACUCCCAGUGCACACUCUACUUCUAG